AUGGGCCCUGGGCAGGGCGGCAAGAGGAAGCGCGGUGAGCGCUUGUGGUCCGGCGAAUCGGCAAAUAACGAAGGCCUGCGACCCUCUCCUCAUCGCCCCAGCACGCUCAACAUGGCGCAUCAUCCCUCCCACCCGGGAACUCAAUUAGGCUCACAACAAGACCAGCAUGACGGGCGCGACCGAGCUCGUCGGCAGUCGGGCCGUGCAGGUGGUGGCCGCGGCAAUUCCCGUCGACGUUCCUUUGAAGGUCAGAAUUUUUCGGGUUCGCAGCACAGAGAAUCAAGCGCAAUGUCUCCUCCUCCUCGCGCCCAGUCUAGGGAGGCCACAGAGACUGCGCAACAAAAUGGUGAAUCUACAGCUGCCCAACCGACGCCAUCCCCUGCUCCCAACACCGCUGCUUCACAGCCACAGCCACAACCUGUCUCUCGAGCUGGCUCCGAGGCCACUGUCAGCCGUCCUCCCAUCCCUCCUCCUCCCUACGACUAUGAAUUUGUCACGGACAAUGCGGUGGAAGAAUGGGCAUCAUCCGGAAAGCAGAAGGUUGUGCAUGAGGGAACUACGGCUCGAUUGAAUCAAGAUCUUGCGCGUCUGGGCGCUGUCUACCAAGAGCUCAUCCGGUCCGCAAUAUACGGCCGACUCUCGCCUUCGGAGGCUGGCAGUACUGUGAAGGAUAUUAUCGGUGAAGAAGAGGCGUCUCAAGAUCUCGGAAACGAUGGCCAAGCACAGAAAGCUUCGACUUCGGAGUUAGACCCGCGCUCAUUGUUCCUCGAUACCCUCUCUGUCAUAACCGACGCCGACACAUCCAAUAUCGCUCUCAAACCCCUCGUUUUUGCAACCGCAAUUCCCCCGGCUCUCAUGCGCCUCCAGUUGGAUACACCCCUGUUGCAAUCUUUAGGACUGGUUCGAGAGACAUUUGCGCGCAUGGGUAUUCGAAAACAGACCAAUCUACUGUACCGACAGUCCAACUACAACCUUCUUAGAGAAGAAUCUGAAGGAUAUUCGAAGCUGCUGACGGAGCUGUUUACGACGAGCAACAACGAACCGCCAUCGAGUGAAGUGGUUGAGGAUACUUUCGAAAAAGUCAAGGCCAUGAUCGGCGCAUUCGAUAUGGAUGUGGGGCGAGUCCUGGAUGUGACGUUGGAUGUGUUUGCUGCUGUGCUGGUCAAGCAAUACCGGUUCUUUGUCAAAUUGCUUCGAGCCAGCUCCUGGUGGCCCAAAGAAGACCCGCUUCACAAUCUGGAGGGGAGUUCGCGUACUUCGGGAUUGCCGAAGUGGGCGCUUCCUGGGUCAACUAGCUGGAACACCACCGAGGAUGACCGAGCAAGCAUUUUAAAAUCAAAUGCACUGCGUGACCGCGAAUUCUGGGACCGAGUACGACAAGUUGGCAUUCAAGCCUUCUUCGAAAUCGGUCGCAGGCCGCUUUCCGAGGAGGAAAAACAACAGGCUCUCCCGGAAACCAACCACCUCUCAGAAGAGGAAGAAGCCACACGGACGUGGAUUGAAGAGACUGGAACAAUGCCACCGAAGGGUAACCGGGUUGCAGCCCAGCUCUUGGGCUUCAAGCUACGAUUCUACUCCUCCUCGGCUCGUUCCAAAUCCGACAAUCUGCCCGACAACCUCAUCUACUUGGCUGCACUACUCAUCAAGGUGGGCUUCAUCUCUUUGCGUGACCUUUACGCACAUCUCUGGAGACCCGAUGAUUCAAUGGACGUCUUGAAGGAUGAGAAAAUGGCGGAGAAAGCAGAAAGAGAGAAAGCCGCACGGCCGGGUGGGGGUGUCAACGCUCUGAUGCUGGCCGGUGCUCUGUCUGACGACACGCUCCCAACUCCUCGUCUGCGUGAGCCCGAGUCUAGGAUGGCCACCCCAUCCAGGGAUCAGGAAGCCGACAGACAAUCAACGGUCAAACCUGAAGAUGAGUUGCCAGAGCCCUCGGACCAGAAGGUGUUGCUUCUCAAGAGCCUCCUCGCGAUUGGUGCCAUCCCUGAGUCCUUGUUUGUUAUGAGUAGGUUUCCUUGGUUGAUAGAUGCCUACCCUGAACUUACCGAGUUCAUUCAUCGCAUCCUCCACUACUCUUUGAGCAAGGUCUACUCCCCGCUUCGGCCUCUGAUCUCGUCAGAGGAUAUCCCCGGCCACCAGCAAAUAUUGAGUACCGAUCAGUCCGGAGUCAGCAAAGGCCAGCUCCGCUUGACCCAGGCCCCACCCAGACGGGUCCUACGCUGGGCUCAGCUAGACACGGAGGACACAAAUGAGGGCAUCGCCUAUCGGUUCUACUGGGAUGAUUGGGUGGACAAUAUCCCCAUUUGCCAGUCUGUUGAUGACGUGUUCGCGCUCUGUUCUUCAUUUCUCAACCUCUCAGGUCACAAAAUUGGCCAAGACGCAAGCCUUCUCACCAAGCUCGCACGUAUUGGUAGGGACAGUCUCGCAAAAGAUGGCUCGGACCAGAAUAGGACUCGCUGGCGGGACCUCUGCAAACGACUUCUUUUGCCAUCAAUUAGCUUGACCAAGGCAAACCCCGGUGUGGUCAACGAGGUGUUUGAUCUGAUCAGUUUCUUUCCCCGAGAGGUUCGGUACAAUAUGUACUCAGAAUGGUACUAUGGGCAAACGUCAAGACUGCCCGACAUUCAGUCUGCAUUCAAACAGGCUACAGCUGAAACAAAAGACGUCCUCAAGCGGCUCAGCAAGACCAACAUUCGACCUAUGGCCCGUGCUCUGGCAAAGAUUGCCUAUGCCAACCCCGGUAUUGUCAUCAAUGUCGCCAUCGGUCAAAUUGAAUCGUAUGAGAAUCUCAUUGAAGUCGUCGUCGAAUGUGCUCGCUACUUCACCAAUCUAGGUUACGACAUUCUCACCUGGUCAUUGAUCAACUCGCUUGGGCAGAAAGGAAGAAGUCGUGUGCAGGAGGGUGGUCUGCUUACCAGCAGAUGGCUCAACGCUCUGUCUACCUUUGCUGGCCGAACUUUCAAACGUUACUCUGUCAUGGAUCCUACACCUCUGCUACAGUAUGUCGUGGAGCAGCUGCGUCGUAAUAACUCCACCGACCUCAUCGUUCUGGAGCAGAUGAUCAGCUCUAUGGCUGGUAUUAUCACAGACACCAACUUCAAUGACGCUCAGAUACAGGCCAUGGCAGGUGGCGAGGUACUCCAGUCGCAGACUAUCCUACAGCUACUGGACAAGCGCCAUGAGUCCAAAAUCACAUCAAAGCGACUCUUAAAAUCUUUGACCCAUACCCGACUUGCAGGCCAGCUUCUGGUCGCGAUUGCCCAGGAGCGGAUGACUUGCGUCUUCAAAGAGUCAUCAUCAGAGCUGAAAUUAUUGGGCAAUAUCUUUGACGAGAUCCACCGCAUCCUUACUCAAUACCUCGACCUUCUGCGCAGCAAUCUUUCCAUCGAAGAAUUCGACUCUUUCGUACCUGACUUUGCUUCUCUGAUCAAAGACUUUGGUAUCCAACCCGAGAUCGCAUUUUGGAUCAGGCGUCCUAGUGUUUCCCGAAAGAUUGCCGAAAUUGAGCCUCCAAAACAGAAGCUCCAGCUUUCUACAAAAGAAGCUACCGGUAACGCGAUUCCUGCGCCUCGACCCAACGAAGACAAUAAAAUGGACACCGAUGAGGGUGAAUUACCAGCCACAGCCGAAGAGGCUUCAGACGAAUCUGCAAUGGAUGUCGACAAAGCAGAGCAGUCCACCACUGUUUCUCUGGCCCCCGCCACUCCCGGUCCGUUGGCUGCCAACCCCGUCAUGCAAGACUUGAUUGAAACUGUCAGGUUGUCGUUACCCACCGAGACGUGGGAAGUCGUGGGUGCGCAUUUCUACGCGACGUUCUGGCAACUAUCUCUCUAUGACGUGCACGUUCCCGAGAAAUAUUAUGAUGAAGAGAGACGCCGACUUCAAAGGCGUGUCACGAACAUCAACAAUGACCGAUCUGAUCUCAGUAUGGUUGGUAUGCAACGGAAAGACCAAGCAAGGAGAAGUCUCACCCAAGUUCAGGACCAGCUUCUGUCGGAACUGAAGACUCACACUCAAGCGUAUGCCCAGACUCGCGGUAGACUGCAGAAGGAGAAGGAACUGUGGUUUGCUGGGAUGCGCCUCAAGCAUGACGUGUUAAAUGUUGCUUUAUUGGAGCAAUGUUUCAUUCCCAGACUCCUCCUUUCACCCAUCGAUGCUUUCUUCUGCUUCAAGAUACUCAAGUUCCUCCACAAUUCAGGAACUCCGAACUUCCGAACUGUGGGCUUGCUUGAUCAGCUCUUCCGCGAACAUCGACUCAGUGCCCUUAUUUUCCUGUGCACUUCGAAGGAAGCAGACAACUUGGGACAAUUCCUAGGCAAGGUUUUGGGUGACUUGAGCGAGUGGCAUGCUGACAAGGCUGUCUAUGAGAAGGAAGCUUUUGGCACCAAAAGAGAUCUGCCUGGAUUUGCCAAAAGUAUCGACCCCGAAGGAGUGCCAACUUUGUUCUUGGAGUUCGAGGACUUCCGGCGCCUUCUUUAUAAGUGGCACCGUCUGCUCUCCGGUGCGCUUCAAGCCUGUCUGAAGGGAGGCGAGUACAUGCACAUUCGCAAUGCCAUCAGCAUUCUCAAGGCGAUUGUUCCCUACUUCCCUGCCGUGAAUUGGAUCGGCACACAGAUGCUGGACACUGUCAACGAUCUCAGCAAGAACGACAAGAGAGAUGAUGUCAAGAUUCCCGCUGCCUCGCUCAUUGGUGAUUUCAAUCGACGAUCAAAGCAGUGGAUGCUUCCGCAAGAGUUCUACCUAAACAACAGCAAUGCUCCCGAUGCUGGGCAGGCCAAGUCUGGCUCGCAGCCGCCGGCUGAUCGGACUGGCAAGGCUGAUUCUUCAAGGCCUCAAUCCUCCACCCCGACACCGUUGAAUGCUUCCGCGCCGGAGUUCACGCCCGUACCUCAAGAUCUUGCGGGUGGUUCGAAGCAAGAAGGACCUAGCAAAUCCGAAGUGGAGGAUGGUGAGAUUGAAGAUGCUAAGAUGACUGAUGCUGCAUCGGUGAAGGGCACAGAGGACACGAAACCUGCAAUCUCUGCUCAGAACGAGCCUACUUCGACGGUCACCGAAGCUACCGGGUCUACUGCUCUGGAUAACAGUGCGGAUGGGACUGCGAGUGAGCGUCUGUAUCCUCAUGCCCCAGAGCAUCGAGGACCGAGAGAGCCAUCACGUUCAAGACCUGGCUCUCGAGCCACCGAAUCCGGCCGUCAGCCUGAUAUCCCGAAGCGCCCGGAAACUGAUCGUCCGCCUGCCAUCAACCCUCGACAACAGGCUCUGCUUCCACGGCACAGUGCCGACAAUAGACUUCCCCCACGUCCCGACUUGAUGGACGACCGUCGCGACCGACAUCCUGACUUCAACCCACGUACCCGACAUGGUGGCCCUGAGCAUGCCCGAUUUGACGGUCCUGCUGCCGACGGCCGAGGCCAUGGGCGCAUGGGUGACCGCGACUUUGCAAUCAGACCUCUCGAUGACCCGAUGCGUGGGCCGCCUUAUCGUGAAGGUCGCAUUCCACGAGAGCCCGACUGGCCCGGUGAUCGCUCCGGGCGCCUCCGUCAUGACUCCUUCCAUGGCCGGGAAAGACCUGCCCGCGGUGAACUUUUGCCUGAUUUCCCCGAACGGCCUGCCGAUGGCCCUCGCCGUGGUGACCCAUCACUCCGACCUGAGAAGGAUGAUCGCCGUCCCUAUCCGCCACGCGGUCCCACGCCGCCAAGAGCCGACUUGCCUAAUCGUCCAGAGCGGUUCCCUGAAGAUCGCCGAUCUGCUAGCUUUUCCCAGCCGAGUCUAGGCCAGGGUGACUUCCCGAGAGGCCCUCGUUCCGGUAAUGACGCCAUGGGACCGGACAUGAAUCACGGUCGAUUACGACAACCGGACCAGCCACCAGACAUACCAUCUGGCCCACGGCGGGGGAAUCGUGGACGCAAUGUGUCCGCUCAGCAACCUGCUCCAAGUCCAAGCAAUGGCAAAGCACCUACUCCCGACCGCCAAAUCCCAACAGGUCCUGGGCGACAAGGUGGGCGUGGAGGGCCCGAGCAGUCUCCUGCCACUCCAGCCCCCUCUGGAGAGCGUCUGGAUAUCUCUGGGAUCCACCCCGAUCGACUCAAUCUCUUCCAAGGCGAGCCCCAGCAGGCAUCGGGGACAGCUAUGACCCCUCCCUCGGGUCCUCGCGGUGCACCUGGGCAGCAGCAAGGACCCCGUGGCCCUUCUGGUGGAGAGCGUGGACGUGGUGAUAAACGGUUUGCUGGCAUAAACAACAUGCUUCAGCAGACUAACGGCCCUGCAGAGCGCGUCCCUGCGACCCCGCCUGUCCGUGGGCGGGGUGCAAAUCGACAAUCAACUGCGUCGAAUACUGGUUCUCCUCAUCCACCCACUGGUCCUGCCGCUGCUGAAGAGGAAGGCCAAUCUCGCAACCGACCCGAUGUUCGUGGUGACUUGAUGGAUGAUGCUGCUGCCCCUGACAAUCGCCGCUCAGGCCGGGGCAAUGAUCGUGACAAGAAUCGUGAUCGAAACCGUGACCGUGAGCGUCGCGGCGGCGGUAGUGCUGAAGAUGAUGCUGGCAGUACCGGCCCCCGGCGUGAAGAACGCCGUGACCGUCCACGAGACCCUGAUCGUGAGCGCAACCGCCGGAGCGAUAUUGGUGCCGGUGGUGCUAGCCGCGAGGAGAAGGACAAAGACCGCGAGCGCCGAAACCCCAGCUCGCGUGAGGAGAUGCGUCGCAGGGACCGACGUGACCGGGAGGAGGGCCUACCUGAUCUGGGCGGCCCUGCUCCCCCCAACAACACUGUCAACGAGAAUGAAGGCCGUGUCCGUCCAUCAUCGUCGAUGGGAGCACCGCCUCCUCCGCCACCUCCGCCACCUCCUCCACUUCCUGCCGAUGAAAGCAACCCACGCCGUUGGGGCGCAAGCGGUGAUCGUGGCAACGGCACUGACAACCGAGAUCGCGAGCGUGAUCGCCGAAGUGAGCGCGGUCGGGACCGCGACGGGCACCACCGUGACAGCGGCGGCUCCGCCCAUCGCAAGCGUGGACGCCCCAACCCCGAGGACAAUGCCGGCGGCGAUGCGAGUGCGCGCGGCCCGCGGAUGAGCGGUGACAACAAACGCCCUCGUCGCGGGGCAUGA